UGUGUAAUACUGGGAUUUUGCACGUCUGAAUGUGUUAUUCUUGGCAGAAGUCGCACAGAGUCCAGCGCAUCUCAUUGGCUGUGUGUCCAGAUGACGUCACGACUUCCCAAUGCAGCGGAAGCCGAAAGUUUUUUCAGUUGAAAACUGAUCUCUCGUGCGAGUGGAUGUGCUGUUCGUGGCACGUGGAGGAGAAGAUGAUGGUCACUCGCUUCUUACAAGGAGACAUUUAAGACGGUGAGUCCUGGUUGUUUCAGAGCACUCCGGACAUCUUUAGGGACUUUUCCAGACUGUCUCGGAGUAUAUUGGCGUGUCUCGCGCGAUGUGGGAACAGAAGGAAUUUGAGAAGCACUGGAGGAAUGAGUUUCCCGACGGCGAAGUGCCCGUGAUGAGUCUCAGCUCGGUGGAGGACAUCGAGGCAGAGCUGGAGAACUGCAAGGCGAAUUUAAAGGUGUUACAACAGGCUUUGUCGGAGGAGAAGUUCAAGGUGAUUUACCUGCAGACCACCAUUGCGCAGAAGAAGAAAAGUUCCGACAUCGAGAGGUGGUGGAACAAGGCGGAGGAGAAGAAGGAUGUUCCUUCAAAGCCCGAUCAAGUAGACGGCACUCAAGCGGCCAGAAUAAAACCUCACGGGACAGACAGCAGAGGAGGAGGUGAACUUUUUGGCCGGGAUAUGCUCAGAGGCAGGAAGACAGGUAAGCCCAUCCUCGUCCCCCCUCGGAAAAAGCCCGAUGUUCAGGAGGAAUCCGCUCGUGAUGUCUCUCAACUGGACAAGUGUGUUGCCGAGCGAAGGAAUAGUGAACAGGACAGUGACCACGAGUACGAGGACGUGGAGCUGAACGAGAACUUCCUGCGUAAAAACAUCGUCAACCCAAAUAACGCUCGGAGGGUGAAUCCCCGGGUCCGUAUAAGUCGAGAUCUGGACUCUGAUGAUGGGAGACUGUCUGGACGCAGCACACCUGACAGACGCAGUGACGGAUACCUGAGCUCCGACCAUAACGACAACUCCUCUGCAGAUUUUAACUACAACACAGACGGCUAUGAGGGAGAAGUGGCAGAGGACAGGAAGUCUCAAGAUGGCUCAGAGACCAUGCCCUUCAUAGAUGAGUCUCCUACCAUGUCCCCUCAUCUCUGUGCACGAGCACAGGACGGAGAGGCCGUGUCUCCCACUCCACCUGAAGGGCUUCCACCUGGGGGAGACUCAGAGAAAGGCCUAGAGAUGAAGAAACUGGUGCUGUCUGGUUUCCUGGCCAGUGAAGAGAUCUAUAUUAAUCAGCUUGAGACUUUGCUGCUGCCUAUGAAGCCUCUGAAGGCCACAGCCACCACAUCAAAGCCAGUGCUGACCCUGGAGCAGAUUGACACUAUUUUCUUUAUGAUUCAAGACAUCUUUGAGAUCCAUAAGGAGUUUUAUGACGCUCUCUCUCCCAACAUUCAGCAGUGGGAUGAGAAGGUCACUGUCGGACACCUCUUCCAGAAACUGGCCAGUCAGCUUGGUGUGUACAAAGCCUUUGUUGACAACUAUAAAGUCGCAGUGGAGACGGCAGAGAAAUGCAGCCAGGCUAACAGCCAGUUUCAGAAGAUCUCUGAGAACCUGAAAGUUAAAGGACCUAAAGAAUCCAAGGACUGCACCACCAAUGCCACCAUGGAAGCUCUCCUCUACAAGCCCAUUGACCGCGUCACCCGCAGCACCCUGGUCCUACAUGACUUGCUGAAGCACACCCCUAAAGACCAUCCAGAUUUCCCACUACUGCAGGAUGCUCUGAGAAUAUCCCAGAACUUCCUGUCCAGCAUCAAUGAAGAGAUUGAUCCACGAAGGACUGCUGUGACUACACCUAAAGGAGAGGUUCGUCAGCUGGUGAAGGAUGGGUUCCUGGUGGAGUUGUCGGAGGGGACGCGGAAACUCCGUCACGUCUUCCUCUUCACAGACCUGCUGCUCUGCGCCAAGAUGAAAAAGACUGCAGUUGGGAGGCAUCAGCAGUAUGAGUGUAAGUGGUACAUCCCUCUGGCUGAUCUGAGCUUCCAGACUCUGGAUGAGUCGGACUCUCUCCCUCACUUUCAGACACUGCCAGAGCAUGAGAUUGAGGAGAUGAAGCUCAAGAUCUCUGCCAUCAAGAGUGAGAUACAGAAAGAGAAGAAAGCACUGAAGGGUCAGAGUCGUAAUGUGGAUCGUUUGCGGAAGAAGAUGAACGAACAGGAGUCGUGUCUGCUGUUACACUCACCCAACAUCCCAUUCCGCAUCCACAACAAACACGGCAAGAGCUACCUGUUCUUGCUGUCCUCAGAUUAUGAGAGGUCGGAAUGGAGAGAAAGCAUUCAAAAACUGCAGAAGAAAGACCUGCUGGUGUGUGUGUUGAGUUCUGUAGAGCUGCAGGUGUUAACCGGCUCCUGCUUCAAACUCAGAACUGUUCACAACAUCCCCGUCACCAGCAACAAAGAUGAUGAAGAAUCUCCUGGUCUGAACGGCUUCCUGCAUGUGAUCGUCCAUAAAGCCACAGGCUUCAAAGAAUCAGCCAGUCUGUACUGUACAUUAGAGGUGGACUCUUUUGGUUACUUCGUCAGUAAAGCCAAAACCCGCGUGUUCAGAGACACAACUGAACCACAGUGGAACGAAGAGUUUGAGAUUGAGCUGGAGGGCUCUCAGUGUCUGCGAAUUCUGUGCUACGAGAAGUGUUACGACAAAUCAAAACUCAAUAAGGACGAUAACGAGAUCGUGGACAAGAUCAUGGGCAAGGGCCAAGUACAGUUGGACCCUCAGACUGUGCAGUCCAAAAACUGGCAUAUGGACGUCAUAGAAAUGAAUGGGAUUAAAGUGGAGUUUUCCAUGAAGUUUACAAGUCGGGACUUGAGCUUGAAGCGGACGCUGUCUAAGAAACAGAGCGGUGUGUUUGGGGUCAAAAUCUGCGUGGUGACAAAGCGUGAGCGCUCCAAGGUGCCUUACAUCGUGCGGCAGUGCAUUGAAGAGGUGGAGAAGAGAGGCAUUGAUGAAGUGGGCAUUUACAGGAUCUCUGGAGUGGCCACUGACAUCCAGGCCCUCAAAGCUGCUUUUGACACCAAUACCAAAGAUAUCCUGGUGAUGUUGAGUGAUAUGGACAUUAAUGCCAUAGCAGGAACGCUGAAAUUGUAUUUCAGGGAGCUGCCAGAACCUCUUCUCACGGACCGGCUGUACCCGGCCUUCAUGGAGGGCAUUGCUCUAUCAGAUCCUGCUGCAAAAGAAAACUGCAUGAUGCAUCUGCUGCGGUCACUACCAGACCCCAAUCUCAUUACGUUCCUCACACUGCUGGAGCACCUGAAAAGGGUGGCAGAGAAGGAGCCGGUAAAUAAGAUGUCGCUGCAUAAUUUGGCCACAGUGUUUGGCCCCACUCUGCUGAGACCUUCAGAAUCAGAGAGCAAUAAAGCCCAUAUCACACUGGCCUCUGACAUCUGGAGUCAUGAUGUGAUGGCACAGGUUCAGGUAUUGCUGUACUACCUGCAGCAUCCACCCAUAUCCUUCGCUGAGCUGAAGAAGAAUACACUCUAUUUCUCAACUGACGUCUAAAAAGAGAGAAAGAGUCAGAGACUUUCUCCCUUCCUUCCAAACAUUUUCUUUAUUUCUGUACAAAGCCAACAGUCCAGCAGGGAGACAGAGAAAGACUGUGCCCACUCUCCUUGCUUUUGUUGUUUCCAGUCAUGUUCAUGUUUAACGGGAGCUCAGACCUCACACCAUCACGGAGAAGAACUGGAGUGAAGGAGGACGAACUCAAGCCCGGGAUUCAGCAUCACCUUUUAGAAAAUUUGCACUUAUCACAUAGAAAUCCUGCCGAACACAAGCACACUUUCUACCACAUCGCACACCCUGUUUACCGUCCUGUGAGAAUGUUUGUGGGAUACAGUCACAGUGUUGUGCCAUGGGAUGUGUGCAUCUGGUGUGGUGGCUCCUCUAAAGCCCAGUUCAGUGAUCCCGAAACUGGAAGCAACCUGCUGUUAACCUGCUCUUCCUCAAGAGGCAUUCCAAUAAACAAAAACAGCAGCAUUUACAUGUUUUCUGUUUGAUAGAUUUUUUUUUUUCAUAAGCUUUUCUGCAUGUGAUACAGGGGCAGUGAGCUAUGUGUGUGUGUGUGUGUGUGUGUGUCUGUGUCUGUGUAUGUGAGAGAGUGAGCAAAUGCAUUUUUUCAAAAUAAAAUCUUGCUUCGAGUGAAUCCUGCUGGCCAUAUUUUGAGAUUCCUUGUCCAAGUAAAUACAGGCCAACAAUGCCCUAUUUAUUAUGAAUAUAUUCUGUUAAUUGUGCUUGUACAGUUCAGUACACUUAGAGAACAACUCUGUAGAGUCGUUAAUUUGCAAUUUUUUGUUUUGUUUCGUUUUAACUUCAAAUUCUGUGUCUGUAUAGAAUAAAAAAUAGAAAAUCUAACAGAUGAAUUAGACAGCUCUUGGGACAAGUCUUGGUAUACAAUGUAGUGAGAUUAUUCUUGGAAAAAUGGAAAACUUUGUCUUGAUUUGGGGGAAAUAGUCUCCUAUCUCACUUUUGCAAGUUGAAGUGUAAGGAGAUUCAGUGUAAUCUGUAGAAAGAUGUGAUUGUGUUUGCAUGUUCAUCUCGUCAGAUAAAAAGUGGGCAGGUAACACACAAAGUUUAAUUUCCUCCUUGUGUUUUGAUUUUAACUAUUAUUAUUUUUAAUCCACUGCUGAACUCCACAGGCAGAGGGGAGGGGAAAACAGUACAAAUUUUUCUGCCAUAAAGCCAGUGAUAUGUACUUCAUAAGCACGGUUAGAUUACAAACUGUUUGCUAUUUUAAUAUAAGAUUAAAAGGAAAUAAAAAAACAGUUGUGUUUUAUUUCUGUUGGAAAGAUAUUGAGGAUACUGUAUUAACAAUAAGGGUAAAUGUUGAUGUGACCUUUUCCCCCCUUUUUUAGUAAAAUAAAUAAAGGUGUAUCUUGAGCACAAGAA